AUGGGUAUUCUCAACGACGACGCCGUUUUAAUCGAGCCGGGGAAAAACUGCGGCGAUCCCAGCAUCGUCACCGUCAAUUGCCCUGAUGAAUCCGGUCUCGGUUCUACUCUCUGCAGAAUCAUCCUCGAAUUCGGUUUAUCCUUAACCAGAGCAGAUUUUUCAACAGAUGGACGAUGGUGUUACAUAGUGUUUUGGGUCACUCCAGAUAACAGCUCUCCUAAAAUCGAUUGGGACAGCUUGAAGAACCGACUCUUGUCUGCCUGCCCAUCUUGCUUGGGUUCCUUCUACUCGUCUCUUCAAUCCAAUGUCUCUAAGCCUCCUCCGCUUUAUCUCCUCAAGUUCUUCUGCCGCGACAGGAAAGGAUUGCUUCAUGAUGUCACCAAAGUCCUUACAGAGCUAGAGUUUACGAUCCAAAGGGUCAAAGUCAUGACAACACCAGACGGAAGAGUUUUGGACAUGUUCUUCAUCACUGACGCAAUGGAUCUGCUGCACACGAAACAGAGACAAACCAAAACUUGUGACCAUCUAACGGCUGUGCUCGGUGAACAUGGCGUGAGCUGUGAGCUUGAGCUAGCUGGGCCUGAGUUAGAGAGCGUGCAACGGUUCUCUUCGCUUUCUCCUGUAACUGCUGACGAGCUGUUUGGCUCAGAUGGGUCUGGUGUUAGCUCUAGCCCCAACAAAGUGGCUCUAACCGUUGAUAAUCAGUUGAGUCCUGCGCAUACGGUGCUUCAGAUUCAUUGUGUUGAUCAAAAGGGUCUGUUCUAUGACAUUCUCAGGACUUCCAAAGACUGCGACGUCCAUAUUGCAUACGGUAGAUUCUCAUCAAAGGUUAAAGGAUAUAGGAAUUUGGAUUUGUUUGUUCGAGGCACAGACGGAAAGAAGAUAGCGGACCCGAAACAUCAAGCCAACUUCUGUUCUCGUCUCAAAGAGGAAAUGGUGUGUCCGUUGCGAGUGAUAAUCGUGAACAGAGGACCAGAUUCGGAGCUUUUAGUAGCCAACCCUGUGGAGCUAUCUGGAAAAGGAAGACCACGAGUGUUCUACGAUGUCACACUAGCCUUGAAAUCACUCGGAGUCUGCAUCUUCUCCGCUGAAAUUGGGAGGCAUUCGACAUUAGAUCGACAAUGGGAAGUUUAUAGGUUUCUUUUGGAAGAGAGCCGUGAGUUUCCAUUGGCUAGCCUCCGAGCGAGGAAUCAGAUAGUGGAAAGAGUCACAAAAACACUUAUGGGUUGGUGA